UCGAACUUCGCGGGGUCAUUAUCGACCACUUAAUUAACGCACGGUAAGUCAGGGCUUUCCCUUACCUUUCGAUUUUUGACAAGUAGUUUCGACUUGUCACCGGGCGUGCUAAUCGAAAGUCCCCACUACAGUCCCCGUAAAAUAAAGCGGGGCAUAACAAUAGGAAAGUUCGAGAGCCGGAGUUGGAGGGUUAUAAAAAAGCCGACAGGAGGGACAUCGAGGCUUUUUCCCUUCUGGAAGCCAGUGGCCUUUUGCCCUUGUGAAUCAGUGACCUUGUUGAGAUCAGUUUAAGGCAAUAGAGUGCAAAUUUGGACGUCGAGAAUAAAGAGCAACUGCAGAGGAAGUUAUCGGGGCAUUUUUGGAAUUGGACAACCCUGCCGCACCCUGGUUCAAGACGACAAGACGCCAAGCAGCUAAGCCCGCCAAGUUGGAUCGGAGUAUCAGUCGUCGUUGAAUAAAACAAUAAUUGAGUCUCCAGGCAAAAAUGGACGCGGUCAAAGUUUUAUCCAUCUUAUUGAUGCUAACCACAACAACAAGUGCGUUCAUCGCAUACGAUUGCGGCGCGGCAGCAACAAAUUUUACUACAUUGUCACUAAUCAACAUAAAAGAAUGCGAAAAACCCAUAGAAACACCUAACAUAACAAAAACUAAUAUUCAACUCAUACAGACAGUAGAAUAUUCGCACACUAGAAUAAUUCAAUGUAAAAUCGAAAUUAAAAGAUCAAUUUAUUAUUGCGGUUCUUGGAGCCAUGUCGCGACGGUAGCAAAUCCCCACAUAGAGUACAUAGAAGAGAUAUCAAGACCUUACUGUCAAGAUAUACAUAAAACUCGGACACAUUUCAUGUACGACACAGCAAUUCGCGACAUACAGCCCAACGGAACGACGACAAGAUCGAUACUCUUCGCAGGUAAAGCAGAUAACUCCGGAAACUGCGAAGGAGGAUAAUAUGCAGAUCCAUACGGGACAUAUUCAGACGUAGUUGUACAAGGACAAAUAAAAAUAACAAUCCGCGAUUACUUAGCUCCAAUAAACUUCAAAGAAAACAGUGUUAUUCUAAAAUCAGGAAUAAGAUGCUGGUAUGGAUCAGAAAAAUGUUUAGACACAGAAGGCGGCUAUACAUUUUGGGACAUCAUAAAAAAAGACGACUGCGAAACAGAACGAUUCAAAGUAAUUUAUCAAGGCCAAGCUCAAAGAAUUAGAGAUAGUUCAGGAAAUAAAACCGAUGAAUUUUUCGCAGUAACAUCAAAUCAAAUAACAUUCGCUCUAACAAAACAAGAUACACUCUCAGUAUGCGGUCACAAAUUCUUACGCACAGAAGAACCUAGAUUAUUCGUAAUAGAAAGUAACGACAACGAUUUUCUACUAAAGAAAUCAGAAUUGACAACAACUGACAUGGACAUAUUCGCAUACGUAAAUUCAAAAGUAGUCUAUUUAGAAAAACAUUUAAGAAAAGAAAUAGUGGCUAGCUAUAAUAACGCCAUCAAACAACAAUGCGAAUUAGAAAAAAUAGUGUUACGAAAUUCUCUGGCUUUAGCAUCAAUAGCACCUGCAGAAUUUGCAUUUCAAUUUAUGGAGGAGCAAGGAUAUAUGGCCAGCGUCACAGGCGAAGUCAUCAGAAUAUCAAAAUGCGUACCAGUCGAAGUCAAAACGAGGAAGACAGAAAAAUGCUAUCAAGAACUACCUGUUACCUUAGGAAACGGAAGUUUUUUUAUGCUACCUAGAACGCAUCUACUCGUGAAAACAGGAAACCAAAUUGACUGCAACACAUUAACGCCUACUACAUUUAACAUCAAUAAUGCUUGGUACCAAAUCCUACCUCAAUUGACACCAACUACAGAACCAGAAGAAAUCAGCCCAAGUACAAAAGCAACUUGGAAAUACACCGCACCAGAAUAUUUAGCAAAAAGUGGACUAUAUUCAAAUGAAGAUCUGAGUAAAUUAAGGGAAGCAAUGAUGUUUCCAAUAGAAAGAUCAGCAGUAGUAAAUACGAUAGCCAGAGGAGCAACAGGAAGACAAAUCAACAUCCAAGGAAUCAACAUAAAUAAAUUCAUCGAUGAAGUUAAUAUAGAAAACAAAAUUAAAAAUACGCUAUCAAAAUUACAUGGAAUUUUUACCAUAAUUGGAGACUACAGUUCAACUAUAAUCGCAGGCUGCAUCAUAGUAAAAGCUUUCAAAUUCGCCGCCGACACAGUAAUACACGCUUUAGCGCUACACUCUGUGUUUGGAUGGAGCCUAUGGCUAUUAGGAUCCAUGUGGGAUUCAUUAACAAAUUUUUUGCUACAUUCUAAAGAAAAGUAUGAAAAAAAGAAGCAGCAAAACACUAGCAGCCUAGAAAUGUCAAAGGUAACCACAGUCGACAUAGAAGAAAAAGAUCCAGAAGAAGAACAUCUAAUGACGCCAAAACCUAGAGCAAGAGAAUCGGGAACAGAUAAAGUCGACAGCGAACAAACAGACAAAUUAAGUAAACGAAAACUAUUCCCAUAAAUUCGAAAUUUUUUUUUCCCCUCUUAUCAAAAACAAAAAUUUUUUU